AUGAGCGGAGCUGCCCAGUACAAGCAGGACAUGCCGCCUCCGGGCGGUUUCCCCGAAACGAUUCAGUACAAGCGCUACCUCCCACGUCGCGGUCCUUCCGGCGUGGUGAUGUUCAUUGCAACCUUCGGAAUCAUGGGCUACGGAUGGUAUUGGGUCGCUCAGGCGAACGCUGAAAGGAGAGAACUUCGCCGCGAGAAGGCAUGGAACCGCAUCGCCCUCGUCCCGCUUCUUCAAGCCGAAACAGACCGAGACUUGGUACGAAGGCUGGAGGCUGCCAAGGACCGCGAAGGAAAGAUGAUGGAGAACGUGAAGGGUGGAUGGUCGGCUCUCGAUCUCAAGACAGAGACUCCCGGCGUCGGCAAAUCCGGUGCUCGCGACUAUACCCAAUCAGAACCUGUAUACCACACCGAGCGUCAUGUCAAUCCCACAUUUUUGUUCCUGCCGUGGUCAUCAGACGCGAGGAUCGAUUCGCAAUGGUGGAGGGGAAGCAAGAUGUUCUUGAAGAACCCUGCCUACCACGACCGUCCCGACUUCACCAAAGAGCACCCGAUAGGAGGUCAAUAG